AUGCAGACGGAAGAGGAGACGGCGACCGCAGAAGAGCCCAUUUUGGAGGAAGGGGCAGGGAGAGAGCAGCAACGGCCAGUCCAGCAGUCUCUGGCCUCCUCCCUGUGUCGGGAGUCCCAUUGGAAGUGCCUCCUCCUGACUGUCCUCAUGUACGGCUGCUUCGCCACGUUGGCCUGGUGCGCCCUGUGUCGCGUCCCCGUGCUCGGCUCCUCCUCCAUAACCCUUGGUGCGGACGACGAUGCCACCUCGGCGGCCUACUACAAUGACAUCCUGCACUUGGAGAGUCCGUGUUCUAGUGGCUACGUCUACAUCCCCCUGGCGUUCCUGGCCAUGCUGUAUGUGGUUUACCUGGUGGAGUGUUGGCACUGCUUCUCCAAGACUGCCAUGUUGGCUCAUGCUGAAUUCCAGGAAGUGUAUGAGCGUGUGCAGAGGCUUCAGCAGGCCACGCCCUGCAUCUGGUGGAAGGCCAUCAGCUAUCACUAUGUGAGGAGGACCAGGCAGGUGACCAGAUACCGCAACGGGGAUGCAUAUACCACCACACAGGUCUACCAUGAGCGAGUGAACACCCACGCCUCCAGCUCUGAGUUUGACUACGCCCGAUAUGGGGUCAAAGAUGUAUCCAAGGAGCUGCUGGACCUUCAGCUGCAUCCUGCUGUCCGGCUCCGCUUCACCAAGUGUUUCAGCUUCUCCAGCGCACGUGCUGAGGCUGCCUACCUCACCCAGCGGGCACGUUUCUUUGGAGAGAACGAGGGGCUUGACGAUUACAUGGAGGCCAGGGAGGGAAUGCACCUGAAGAAUGUGGAUUUCCGGGAGCACAUCCUGGCAUUCCCGGAUCCUGCUCGCCAGCCGUGGUAUUCCAGGCACAGGGUGUUCUGGCUGGCUUCAGCUUUCCUCCUGUCAUGGCCGCUGCGUGUCGUUGCAGAAUAUCGCACAGCAUACGUCCACUACCAUGUAGAGAAGCUGUUUGGGGAGGACGAAGACACUGGAGGAGGAGGUGGCGGGGUUGGGGGUGGAGGUGGGAGAGGGGAUGGCUGUGAGGGGGGGACUGAGAAUGGAGUCCACGGUGGAGGUAUUGGCUUUGGAAUUGGACUCAACGGGACGAGCUACAGAGCGAUCUCUCGGGUCAACACAGUGGACAUGACAGAGCUGGAGUGGCACAUCCGCUGCAACCAACAGAUGGUCCCCAGCUAUUCUGAAGCUCUCCUCAUGGAUUUGGACACAAGUGGGGGAACCAACGCCACCACCACCACCCCCAUUUCCGGACCUCCAGGCACCACUCCUGGCCAGGGGGGUAACUCAGCUCCUCUAGCGCUGCCCGUUGUCUUCAACUCAGCUUACCUCCUUCAGAGCUGCCCCCGAUGUCGGAGGACCACCUCAAGCUCCAGCCUACCCUCCAGGCUAAGGGCGCCAACGGGAACCACGGCCCUGCUGAAUGCCACCGUUGCCGGGAUUAGAGCACAGGGAGGUGGAGGUGGAGGAGGGAGGCUGGUGCUGAGUCGAAGCGGGUUCUCCCUCGGGAGACUUGGAAAUGGGCGCCCGGCCAGCCUGUUUCAUUCGCGAAGCAUGGGGGGAGGCCUGGGAGGGAGAGGGGAAGAUGGAGGAGGAAGUGGAGGAGGAAGCGGCGGAGGUGGCAGUGGAGGUGGAGGUGGUGGUGGAGGUGGCGGUGGAGGUGGAGGAUUCCUCGGGUUAGGGUCGAGACAGGACGAUGAAGAGAGCAGGGGCGUGCUGGAAGGAGAAGGGGAUGAGGACGAGGAAGAGGAGGAAGAAGUUAGGAGGAGGGAGGACAGGGGUAGUGGAGGGGGGGAGAGAGAUGAAGAAGCAGAGCAGGAUGGUGGAGAGGGGGUCCAGGGAGGGAGGGACGGCGAGAGGGAUCGACCUCCACCCUACCAGGACGCUUUCUUCUUCCCCGUUCUCAUCGUACACGGAGAGGAGAGCUGCCACGCCGGGGAUGACAUGUGA